CGCGGUGCCUGAGGAAGGGCGGCUGCGGCGACCGGCGGGGCCUGAGGGGUCGCGGCUGUUCCCGGGGCGCCGGAGCUCAUCUGAAGCCGCCACACGGCGCUCAGCGAUCGGGGGGUGGUGUCCGCCAUGCCCGUGAGGGCAGCUGGGAGCCCGGCGGCUCGCAGUGGGGGUGCGGGGUGGUCCGCGGGGCGGUGCCGCCGCGGGGCGGGCGACAGCGGGGCCGGGACGGGGGGCGGGGGCGCCCCGCCGGGUACUUAGCGGCGGCGCUGGCUGGUACGCGGUGCCGCUGCUCCGUCUCGUCCGGCUGGUGCUCGCCAUGGGCUCGACUCCCCCCGUCUUCAUCGGCGCCGAGGAGGUGGAGAAGCACCUGCACCGGGCCAGCCUGCUGCUCCCGGCGCUGGAGACCGCCCUGGCCAACUUCUCGGCCGGCGCGGCGGGAGGCGUCGUGCAGCCCGUGCGCGCCGUGGUGCCGGUGCAGCCGCACGGCGGGUACCUGGGCGUCAUGCCCGCCUACAGUGCCGUGGAUGAUGCGCUGACAACCAAGCUGGUGACUUUUUACGAACACAUGAAGGAUUCCUCAGUCCCUUCCCACCAAGCGACUAUCCUCUUAUUUGACCCCAGAAAUGGUUCCUUAAAAGCUAUCCUAGAUGGCAGUGUCAUUACAGCAAAACGAACUGCUGCAGUUUCUGCAAUCGCUACCAAGUUAUUAAUGCCAGCUUUUGCAGAAGUGCUGUGCAUUUUGGGAGCUGGUGUUCAAGCAUAUAGCCAUUAUGAUAUCUUCACGGAGCUGUUCUCUUUUAAAGAGGUCAGGAUAUGGAAUCGCACCAAAGAGAAAGCGGUGAAGUUUGCCAGUUCAGUCAAUGGUCCGGUGCGGGUCUGCUCUUCUGCGCAGGAGGCAGUUAGUGGGGCUGAUGUCAUUAUAACAGUCACUAUGGCAACAACACCAAUUUUAUUGGGAGACUGGGUAAAACCAGGUGCCCACAUUAAUGCUGUUGGAGCAAGCAGACCAGACUGGAGAGAACUGGACGAUGAACUGAUGAAGAAUUCCAUUCUGUUUGUGGAUUCCAGAGAGGCUGCUCUUACAGAAUCGGGAGAUGUUAUAUUAUCAGGAGCAGAGAUUUUUGCUGAGCUGGGAGAGGUAGUGAAGGGUACGAAACCAGCCCUGCCUGAGAAAACAACAGUGUUUAAAUCGCUGGGGAUGGCAGUUGAAGAUACAGUAGCAGCAAAAUUUGUUUAUGACUCGUGGUCAGCUGGUAACUAAAGAGAGAAGUCUACAAUGCCACCAAGGCCAAGAAAAUUGCUUGCACUUAGUUUCUUUGGAUCUUUUGCUAACAAGGCACCAAUUCCAUCUGGAUGUGGCCCUUCUAGAGCAUUCAAGAAUGAAAAGUAAAAUUUCAGCCAUAGAUUAAUUUUUACUGUUUUCUAAUGGCAAGUAUUAGAUACCUGCAAUAUUACUAAUAAAUGUAUCUCAUGUAACAGCAAGUAUUAGAUGCUUGAAGUGAUAGUAAGCAAGGGUAUUUUAACCUAUUUUUUUUUUUUAUAAUUGUUGAAUCAAUGUCUUCCUCUAUAUCUAUGUAGCAGAAGUCUGUGGGUAGAUUUUGUGUUCUUUAGAGAGGUAAUUCAUACUGAUGUAAAAUACAUCAGUUUGGAGAAUGGACUCUGGCAUCAUAUUUACCCGUGAUGAUACUUCAAACGCGACUGUGGGUUUCAGUGCUGCUCUGACAGGAGCGGAGUCUUCAGUCUCCUGGGAACACAGCCCACCCCUGACUCCUGGACACCUAUUACCUUCCAAAUCAGACCGGGAUCUGGAGGUCGCCAUCUGCACUUUCACCCUCCACAAUCCCCCUUCCCUGCCCCUUUCCUUUAAGAGCACACUCCUGGGUGGGAAUUUGUAUAGAUAAUGUCUCCAUACAGUUAGAUUUUUGUCUCUUUUUGUAGAAGACCUGGCUCAGGAAGACUUAGAGUGCAAAAAAUCGGAGCUAAUAUUAUAUACAUCUUAACUGGGAGGAAACUAUACUCAGUACUUCCCUUAGUACAUUCCUGGUUGGGAUAUUGCCAUUUUUGUAUUGUAAAGAGUCCACCCCAAAUGUAAGCACUAAAACUUGUUCUGAUUUGUCUAUAUUCUAUGGGGAGAUUUUGUUAUUAAUCUGUGGUGUUCGUAAGUUCUUUUUCUAAGCUUCUUGAAGGUUGGAACCAUGCAAACUGAUUUCAGUAGGAUAAACCUCAAGUGUACAGACAAAUGUUUUCAGCUUGGCUGUAGCAUGCAUCAGUUGGUUAUUGUUCUUUUAUCCCAGUGAGUAUUUGCGGGGGCAGGAAUUUCCAUGAUGCUUUCUUGGCGGAAGAACCCUGUGAUGUUCUACAUAAGGAAAAGUUCUAGUUUUGUGCUGUUAUGCAACUGCCUUAUGAAAGAUUGAGCAUCUAAUGAAAACCAGCCAUGGUUGCCCUGGAAACAAAUUCCUGUUCAGGCUCAACUUGUGCCUUGUGAAAUUUUAUUUCUACUUACAUAUUAUUUCAUGCGAGCUAUUAGGUAUUUCUUCAUUCUGUGGAAGGAUUAGAUGGCAUGGUCAUUUUGUGAUGAUGCCAAUAGAAUACAGUGGAGCAGCAGGAAGGAGCUUCAGAAGCAGAUAGCGUGAAAGCCCUUGAUGGUGCAUAAGUAUAGAAGAAGUGAAUGAGUACAGUGCAGAUGUGAUGUAAGGAAUACUCUGAAUUAGAAGCUUGGUGUGAACUAGUUGGGAAAAAGUAGUAAGUGGCAGAGUUUGUAAUCUGCAGAGUUUUAGCAUGGAGGGGUAUGAGACCAGUAAGUGAAUAGGGCCAAAGGAUGUGUUUGUGUGGGUAGAAAUCUGACUCCAUUGAGUUUGUUUAUAUGGGCAGAAACAACAGAAAUUCAUCUAUUAGCUUUUGCAUUUUUUAAUUCUAGGAAAAUUACCCUUCCACUCUUACACUUUUUUCUUGUAUGUAAUUUCUGAAGUAUUUGGAAAUAAUAUGUUGACUUGGCCUGUUACUUCAGCAAUAGAGAACACCACUAGCCUGUGACAAACAGGACAGCCAUUGAUGUUCCGGAAUUCAAGAACUGUGUGGAAACUUGAACUUACUAUAAUAUUUAUGACAAUAUUAUUUUAAUUCUGUGCCUGUCUAAAACAAGGUUUCUGACUUGGAGUGAGACAUAGUGUUUCAGAAGAAGACAAAUACAGGGUUUUUUUCCACAUGUAUUCUUCUACAAACCAUGCACUUUAAAAGUAGAUGGAACCAGUCCAAAAACCCGGUUCUGAAAACCCACAGUGUUCUUUGCUUUCAUUGGCAAUAGGAGGUUCUGGGAGUCUGGCUUCAGCCUUGUACCUCUGAAUACAUGAAGAGAAUUCGAUUCAAUUACAAUGGGAGUUGCUUGGAUGCUGUCUUUAGAUUUUUAUUUUUUUUUUAGGGGAAAUAAUAGCCUUAAUUUUCAUGUUUCCUUCUCUUGCAAAUCAGAGCCACAAGAAAUUAUGUAACUUGUUAUGUUGAAAAUAAAUAGAUAUUGCUGGUUUUCUUUGACUGUGA